UUCGGGAAAUUGCACUCGCCGUCCCGGUCCGCAGCCAUAUCCCCACCUCGACUGUAAACAAUGGAAGCUGCCCGUUUCUUGUUUUAACCAAGGUCUAAGAAAAUCGACAUUGACUAUUGAGUUGAUAAAGUGACUAAUAACCUGAUCGUGCAGUACUUAAAUACGCUGUCUGUAAAAGAUGGCUACUGAGCCUGGGCGUGUGCUGAAACCUGUGAACAGUUUUAGCAGUACAGAUCUCACAUCACCUGUCAAACCUGGAACAGUCACCUUACAGGCCAAAGAGAAUACUUCCACACAACCAGAAGGGAAGAAGUGGUCCUUGCAGGAUUUUGAUAUUGGAAGGCCUCUAGGUAAAGGAAAGUUCGGAAAUGUCUAUCUGGCAAGAGAGAAGUCGACCAAAUAUAUAGUUGCAAUAAAGGUUCUGUUCAAGUCACAGUUACAGAAAUCUGGUGUUGAGCAUCAACUUCGUCGUGAGAUAGAAAUACAGUCACAUCUCAGCCAUCCCCAUAUCCUGCGUUUGUUUCAAUAUUUCCAUGACAAAACACGAGUUUUUCUUGUUCUGGAGUAUGCACCAAAGGGCGAACUGUACAAGGAGCUGAUGAAGAUUACAAGAUUUGAUGAGAAGCGAACGGCUACGUACAUGUUCCAAAUGGCCAGUGCCCUGCUGUAUUGCCACAGUAAAAAAGUCAUCCACAGAGACAUUAAACCUGAAAACCUCCUCUUGGGACUCACAGGUGACCUCAAAAUCGCUGAUUUUGGUUGGUCUGUCCAUGCACCCUCUUCCAGGAGAACCACAUUGUGUGGUACCUUAGAUUACCUACCUCCAGAAAUGAUUGAGGGCAAACUUCACGACGAGAAGGUGGAUCUGUGGAGUCUUGGCGUGCUAUGUUACGAGUUCCUGGUGGGAAAGCCUCCGUUUGAGGCAGAUAACAAUACAGACACGUACAGACGGAUAACAAAAGUGGAUCUCCAGUUCCCUUCAUAUGUGUCCAGUCCUGCUAGAAAUCUUAUCAGUAUGUUGCUGAAACAUGACCCUAGUCAGCGAAUAACUUUAGAAAAAGUAUUGGAACAUCCCUGGAUCAAAGAAAAUCACCGUCCAGUGCCACCAUAAUACCAGUCCCUGUAGAACCAUUUUGUGAUCAGAUGAAGGAAGCCAAAGACAAUACUUCCAGAUAGGAGGAUAAAUGAUAUGGUCCAGUUCUAUUCAUGUCCAAAUACCAAGCAGAUGUUCAGGAUGCAAGGAAGAUUUAGAGCUAACAAUAGCAAAGACUCUGCAUACAUGUGGUAUAUAGCUAAGGUGUAAGAUGUUGUGUUGGGUAUAGAUAUCAUAAAUAAACAUACUUUCUCAUACACCAAACAUUGACCAAAAAGAUUACAGACAGUGGUACAUCUAAGACUGGACUGUGUCUAGUGGACAAUACAUUAUUCUUCUCCAAUUAGCUGUGGCUCUUGUGGAUAAUGAAUAUUGUGACUGUACCCUAGAAACGUUGGUAAUUUAUUGUGUUCUACGGGAUGUGAGAAUUUAUUGUGUUCUACAGGAUGUGAGAAUUUAUUGUGUUCUACAGGAUGUGAGAAUUUAUUAUGUUCUACGGGAUGUGAGGAUUUAUUGUGUUCUAGAGGAUGUGAGAAUUUAUUGUGUUCUAAGGGAUGUGAAUACAAACAUGAACCUAGAUUCAGUGUCAUCUGUCACAAAUUCUAGUUAAUCGUUUGCCAACACAGAUGGGAGGAUCUCAAAACAAGGAUCAACUGCUACCAUUCUGCAAUUAAUUUUUACAUGUGGAAAUUAAGAAUGCGCAUGAAUUUUGUGUGUCUAAUGUUAGAUGUCUGUAUGUGUCGCUGUAAAAGAAAUCACAAUUGUGACUAUUAUUUCUGUCCUUUCCUUCUUCCUUUCUAUACCUAUACUUCUCACUACAAAACAAGUCAAGCACAUUAGUACAGACGACUUAGUAUUUAUAUGUAUUGACAAAUAUUACUCAAUGAGAAUUAUCUGUUCUCUCUAUAAUUCCCCGAACACCUGUAUGUCUUAAGUUUGUUUCUUACUGACAAAUUUAUAUCCUUUUAUAAUUUGUUACCUCAAAUGACAUCAGACACAAUAUUGAUAUUACCAGGGUAGAUUUCUUGAUUGUUAAUUCAAGUUAAGAAAAACAAAUGUCAAAAAUCCAGAUGACAUAAAUCGUGGUAGAAACAAUCCUGAAUUUGUUUGCAUCUCGUAUUUAUAAAACUCAUUCUUAAUUCUUCAUUUAGCUUAACAAAGUCUUUUACAUGAACUUGUUACAUAUCAUCUCAAGACCUGGAAAUUGGUCCAGAAUUCCAUAUAUUGUAUAUUGAUAAUUUACAUUAAUAACUUUGAUCUUCUAUCUAACCUAACAAUGUGUUAUUAUGCAUUACACAAAGUACUUUAGUUGCAGUCUGUCAGACUGUUGCAGAUGUUCAUUUUUCACAAGAUUAUUAAAAUAAAUCAUGUCUUUUCAUCGAGUACAGGCAAAUUUCAUAUCCUGCAAUGCUGCUGAUAGUAUUUCAUAUCCCAUUACUUCUGAAUGAUAUGUAAGUCGUAUGUAAAAGUGAGAAAUUGUGGAGGCUCAAUUUGAUAAAUGUACAAUAAACUAUUUUAUCUGA